AUGGAGCAGUCUCUGUCUCUCAUCUCUGCCCAGGUCCAGUUCAUGGAAGACCGACUGGCCCUGGUGCACAUCCCUCUGGACCUCUACCCCUUCUUCCUCAACCCCAUCCUGCAGCUACUCUUCCACGAGGUGUCUCCCAUCGCGGACUCCCUCGCGGACGAUGGCUACGCAGAGACGCGCUCCCCUCACCCUCCCGCCUUCCUGAACUUCUCCAUCACCCCCGUGGAAUGCUCCAUCAUGUGCCCCCGCCAGCUCGCCAAAGAGUACUUCGCCCCCCUGGUCGACAAGUUCCUCCAGAGUAACACCGCCAGCCAGACCCGCCUGUCCAUCAGCCAUGACGACUUCAUCGCCAUGCAGGUGUACGGGGAGGGGCUGGAGGCCGGCCAACGCGUGCUCGAGCUGACCAGCCCUCUCGCCAUGGCCGGAAUCCCCAGCUCCAUCUUCUUCAUCUCCACCUACUUCUCCGACUACAUCAUUGUGCCCCUCCGCAGCAAGACCCAGGUGAUCGAGGCCCUGGAGAAGCGCGGCUUCCAGUUCGAAAUGACCACCGAGGCCUUCAUCAACAACAACCAAGCCCAGUACACCUGCUUCAGCCCGGUCUCAUCUCGCUCCGCCAGCAGCCUGGGCUCACCCCCGGCCACGCCGCCGCCCUCUUCCCUCGACGAGCUGCAAACCCGCACCUUCUCCUCGCUGCGCAAGAACCACAUCGUCCCCUCCGUCGACCGCUCCCUCCGUCUCGUCCAAUGCGCCGCCCACCACCGCUACAGCAGCGACACCAGCUCCAUCGCCAUCCUGCGGGACGCCCUCACCACCACCCUCGUCGUCGACAAGCCGCGCUUCCUCUCCCUCACGCUCACCGCCGCCGACCCCGCGGCGUCCCUGCUGCUCGAGAAACGGCUUCUCCCGCGCUUCUCCAACGGCCCCGACGACGAAGAAGGCCUCCUCCUCGGCUCCAAGGAAGAGAUCCUCGUCCCCAUCAUGCUCGACCUCCGCAAACUCCCCCUCGAAGCCACCGGAAUCGUCUGCGGUGUCGCCGGCCGUCUCGCCGACGCCACCCACCACCGUGACGACGCCGACGACGAUGACGAAACCACCGACGUCUCCACCACCUUCUCCCAGUCUUUCAACGGCAACGGCUCCUCCCUCGAAAGCACCAUCAAAAACCUCCUCUCCUCCAGCUACGGCUCCGGUGGGCCCGUGCGCCCCUUCGGCUCCACCCCGGGGUAUAACACCCACCGUCUGGAGCCGGAUAUUGAUCCCUCGCUUGACGCUGUCGAGAUCAGCUUCCUGAGCACCGCCCGCGCCGGUACAAUCAUCGUCGGCGAGCACGAGCUCAACCGUGCCGUCGAUGCUUUGGAGGCGGAAAGCCAUGAGCCGGAAAAAGCGUUUGAGGCGUUGGAAAUUUAG